GGAAGACCCAGCCGAUUUUCGUCAGUGGAAUCGACUCGAACAGCAACGUAGAUUUCCGUCGUCUACUUCAAAGAAGCUCACCAUGAGUCGUUCCACGCUCGUCUAUGCCUUGCUUGUCUUCGUUUCGGCGUCAACGACGUCUGGCUGGCCGUUCCAUCGUCGCGACGUCCUGGACAACUCGGUGGACAGUCCAGAGGGAGUGAUCGCUCAUCUGCAACACUUUGGCGAGGUCCUGUACCGUUUUCCUGACAAUGCGACCGGAGAAAUCGUGGCGAACUGGCACGAGGGCAUGGAUCGCAACCCUGAAGAACUGGGCAGCUACGCGGAGGGUGACAUCCUGUUUCCUCCUCAGCUGGCGAAAAACGGCCUGAAAGCGGAAUCCGCGAGGUGGCCUGGUGGUGUCGUGCCUUACGUCCUCAGCCCCUACUUCAAUGCCGAGCAGAGGAAAGUGAUCACAGACGCCAUGAACGAUUACCACAAGUACACCUGCAUCAAGUUCAAGCCGUACAAAGGCGAGGAGAGCGAUUACGUCAGGAUUACAGCGGGGAAUAGCGGUUGCUGGAGCAGCGUGGGGCGCAUCGGUGGACGACAGGACGUGAAUCUUCAAGUCCCAGGGUGCUUGGUGAAAAAAGGCACGGUGAUACACGAGUUGAUGCACGUCAUCGGAUUCCUGCACGAGCAGAGCCGAUACGAGAGGGACGAGUUCGUUUCCAUUCAGUGGAACAACAUUUUGAGCGGUCAUUCCGGGAAUUUUGAGAAAGCCUCGAAACGGACCACAGACGCGUUCGGCGUUGGAUACGACUACGGAAGCGUGAUGCAUUAUUCGGCGAACGCGUUUUCCAGAAACGGCCAGCCCACCAUCGUGCCAAAAGGAGCGAGCAAGAACCAACUGGGUCAGAGGGAAGGAUUCAGCAAGAGAGAUAUUCAGAAAAUCCGGAAGAUGUAUAAGUGCAACAAACGGAGGCGAAGUUAUUCAUGAUCGAACACGUGACCAUUCAAACGAAACCUGGAUGUUGCUGGCAUUAAACAAAGGGGAGAAUCUAGUCUUAUACGAUUAAGCACACUUAGCUUAAGUUUGACGACGAUCAAUGAAAAUGAAACUGAUUUGGAAAUGACCAUGGCAUACCUUCCAUGUCUAUCAAAGAAAUCUCUUUAAAUUAAAUGAUAGGGUUGAUAUUUUCAAAUAAAUGUUUCAUUAUAAAUAUGUACAUGAAAUAUUUAUUUGAGAAUAUCAAGCCUAUUAUUUAAUUUAGAUAGAUUUUUUUUAAUAGACUUAGAAGGUACGAAUAUUUAGGGGACCGACUGUAUGUAUACUACUUACAUCCAGUAUGUGUGACUAUGUAUUUGAA